AUGGAAUUUAUUGUCUUUAUGCUAUUCUUUGCUGUGAAUAUCCUUAUCAACAUGGACCAUGGCUCAAUUCCUGCAGCAACUACAGCUAUUCAAGCAGAUUUUGAUCUCCAAAAAGUCGAAUUAGGCGCGAUUGGAUCACUUGUAUAUGUAGGGCUUACACUUGGUAGUUUUAUAGCUGGGUUCUUUUUUCACCGAUUCAAAGCAAAAAAAAUAUUAUCAGUUACCAUUGCAUUGACUGGAAUCUCAGUUGGAUUAUUUCCUCUUAUGGCCCAAAAUAAUUUUCUGCUGUAUACCAUGAGGCUUUUAUCAGGAUUUGGCCAAGUAAUCUCUAAAUAGGUGUUUCCUGUCAUAUACUUCCCUGUAUGGAUUGAUGUUUUAGGCCCAGAUCAAUGGAAAACUCUUUGGCUGACUUUUCUUCAAUUAUCUGUUGCUUUAGGAGUAAUACUUGGCUAUGCAAUUACGGCUGUUUUCCAAACCUUUUGAAGUGUGUAAAUUUAUAGAUAGUGAAAAUGAAGUUUUUAUAUCCAAGGAGCUGCAUUUAUACCAUUUGCUAUUCUUAUCCAAUUUAUACCUUCCCGAUUUAUUAAUUAUGACAAAUAUCAUUUAACAGGAGAGCCUAGUUUUGACGCAAAUGCAAGUUUCAAUCAGAAAGGACACAGGUGGCUUCUAAAAGUAUUUUCACUAGUCAAUAAUAGAAUUUAUUUGAUAUCAAUGAUGUGUGUGUCCUGUCUGUAUUUCGUCGUCACAGGAAUCCAAUUCUGGGCUAGCGAUUAUUUAUUGAAUGUGAUGGAAAUGCAGCCAAGUCUUGUUUUCCCAACUUAUGCUAUAACUACAAUUACAGGACCUACCCUGGGAGUGGUUACUGGAGGAGCUGUUUGUCAUAAAACUGGAGGAUAUCGUGGCAAAAAUGCAAUUUACGUAUGCGCAUCUUUUGGAUUCAUGGGGUGCCUGUGUGCGAUUCCUGUGCCUUUUAUUUCGAGUUUCCCAGGGUUUAUAGCUAUGCUAUGACUUGUAUUAUUUUUUGGGGCUGCGGUGAUGCCAGCAGUAACUGGCAUCAUGAUAAGUUCAGUUCCAUCGAAAAAGAAAGCACUGGCAAAUUCUAUAGCGUCGAUGGUAACAAAUACGUUUGGAUACUUACCAGCCCCUUUCUUAUAUGGAUUGGUUUGCCAAUUAACUGGAGGAGAUAAAUCGCCUUAUGGGCUGAUGUGUGUUCUUUAUGUAUGUCUAUUGGCAGAGACACUUAUAGUUAUAGGGAUUCUUACAAAUCCUCCAUCUAAUACAAAACCGGUUAAAGAAGUAUAA